AUGGCAAUACCAGCGAUUGGUGCUGGCCACGUUGGUAUUAAAGCGCAAGAUCUUGCUAGAGAAAUGAUAUCCACCACUUGUAAAUAUUUGUUAAAAAAUGCUGAUACAAGUUUGAAUGUCAUUGCUUUUGUCAUUUUGGAUCAAGACAUCUACGAUGCGUACACGAAAUCGAUCGAUGCUGCUCAGAUUGAGCUGAAUUCAUAUUGCCAAGAGAGUAACUUCUCUACGAAUCAACUAGAUAAUGGAUUGGUUGAUCAGAUAACUAAAUGCAAGAAAAUUCCGGGUAAAAUUGAAGAGGAAAAGCUCGAUACACUAUUAACAGUAACCUCAGAAAGCAAUGCCAAAUUAUCUUGCAAUUUCUGUUUUGGAGUAAUGCAUGCUGUACAAACAUCAGCAGUCAUUAAUACAACUCAUAUCUGCCAUCUUCAUCAAUCAGAAGAUCAUUUAUCAGCAAGACUAGAUUCCACUGUCAAAAACCAUUGCUUAGAGAGUAUUCAUGUGGAUAAAAGCACACAAAGUGACUGUAGCAUUUUUAAAGUUUGUCCAUAUGGCCUGAUUGAUGAUUUCGGCUCUUUGUUAGCUUGCGUCAAUGCUAAUGAAAACACGUCGAUAUCAUGUCCUCUUGCCAGUACAGAAAUCACCGAAGAAGAUAUCAAAUUACUCAUUCAAGCUAUCUAUCUAUUCUUAGAUAGUCAUAAGAAAUCAGGAAUUAGUCUUCAACGUAUUGAUUUUAUCACUGGAAAUAGAGAAUUAGCAUAUGAGAUUGCGAGUUGGGCACAGCACCAGUUCGAGAAUGCACACAAAUCUUAUUCAGAUUAUACAAUCGCAUGGCAGAUAACUCGGCCAUUUUCCUACAACAAUUUUGGCAAAAAUGUUACCAUUGUAGCUAGUCGGUAUGAAAUUAUUGAGCAAAUUGAAUCACUAUUAGCAAGUUACGCUCCAAGUUGGACAUGUGUUGUUUUCGCUGAAGAAGAUAUGCUUGGAUAUGAUGAAGAAACUUGGCAUGCACUAAUUCAAGAUUGGUGGUGCCACCACAGUACCUUAAUGAUCAGAAAUACAAAUACAAAACAACUGCAAAUCUACGGCUAUAAAAAUGACAUCUUCACAACCUAUAGCAAUUUUCAAAAAUCAUCCAGCCUGAAAACAUAUCAGUCAGCUAUGGAGGAGAACAGAAAAGAACUUUUGGAAACUGUUCAAUGGAAUGUCAAUAUCAAACAAGCUGUGCAUCAAUUUGAUCUUGUAAUGAAUUAUCAGCUUGAAAUAGAUUAUCAAGCAUAUUUGAACGAUAAAACAAAAUCAAACGUUAUUUUAGAUGGUAAAUCAAUCGAUUUUAUCAGGAUGGCAAUUACAGUGGAUACUGGAAUGUCUUAUCCAAUCUGGCGCAAGUUUGCAUUGGAAGAUUCAUUACCAGCAAGUUGGCAAUCAGCUGAAGCAGAUACCCAGAAAGAUGAACUGAAAUUAAUAGUGGAAGUGAGGAAUCAGGCAGAAAUACAAGAAAUUUCCGAACUAGUGCGAGCUAAAGGAAUAGAUCUAAUAAAAUUACAGCGUAUCCAAAAUAGGAAUCUGUACCGGAGGUAUCAGCUACAGAAAGCAGAAGUAACACAAGACGUACAGCAAUAUCAGCCAGGAACUGUAAUUGAAAGGCGAUUAUUCCACCGGACGAAUGAGAAUAAUGUGAAUAGUAUUUGCAAAUCCGGCUUUGAUCGAGAUUACUCCGGUAAAUCUCAUGGAUCCGCAUUAGGAAAUGGAACUUACUUCGCCACUGAACCAUCCACUACCGUCGGCUAUGGGCGUACAUUAAUUCUGGCUCGCGUACUUACCGGCAUCUGCAAUACUUCUGGAUAUACAUGUUUUGCACAGAGUAUCUGCUUAUAA